AUGGCCGACGAAUCCAAGUCCCCUUCUCCAGACAAGCUAGAGAGCUCCCUACCAGAGGGUAAGUCUCUUCUAUCCCAACCGAACUCCGAUGCUCAAGGCCAGCUCACCGCAGCUGUGGACGAUCUGCUCAAUGAGCUACAAAGCAAAUUCGACAAUGUCUCUACGGAGAUGUUCGGGAAACUGGAUGACAUGACCAAGCGCCUCGACGAGCUAGAGGCGUCUCUGGCUGCUGCAUCUUCGGGGACUGGCGCGCCGAGUCCGACAAAAUAA